AUGGUCAGCGCCAAGAAGAAAACGUCAAAGGUUGCAGAAGAUUCCCCCGCUGCAGAGGUUGCAGAAGAUUCUCCCGCUGCAGAGGAUGCAGCAGCUACGGAAGAAAAAACGCCAGUCGCUGCAGAUGCAGCAGAAUCCGCCGGUGACGGGGAAUCGGCGGCGGAAGCUAAGGCUUCCGCCGAUGAAGGGGAAAAGGCGGAAGGCGAAGAGGCGAAAUCAGCUCCCGCAGCAGAGGAAGCGGCGAAGGACGAGAACGAGGGAGAGGUGGAGGAUACCACCGGAGCUGACGCUGCUGCUGCUGGGGAUGGGGAGGACCCCCCUCCGGGAAGUCAGCUGGAGCAAGAUAUCAUCAAGGCGGAGAAGAAAGCGGGAGACAUCUUCCCUGCUGGAGCGUGCAAGAAGGAAAUCAAGUCGUUCUGCGAGGGCGUGGACGUGGGCAACAGGAGUCUGGAGCGCUGCCUCUCUGACAGCUUCAAGCUCACCAAGGCUGCUGACGCUGCUUCGGCCGAUAAGAAGUUUGGCAAGAAGUGCCUCAAGGCCAUCCGACGGUUCAAGAUCGAGGUGUACAAGGACAUUUCGAUUGACAAGGAGAUGAUGGAGGUGUGCAAGGACGACAUCUCAUCGCUCUGUGAUGAUGACUUCCUCUACCCCGAAGUCGGCAGUGUCCUCGCCUGUCUCAGGGAGGCCAAGUCGGGUGGCAAGAUAUCGGAGGCGUGUGGGCAGAAGGUGUUUGAGGCGCAGCAGGACGCGGCCAACGACUUUGUCUUGGAUCCCCAGCUGAACGAGACGUGCUCUGGGGACGUGCAGCGGCUGUGCGCUGAUGUGCCGACCGGGGAGGGGCGCGUGCAGGACUGUCUGAGGGACCACAGGAACAGCCUCAACUGGGAGUGUCUGGCGGAGCUGUUCCGGCAGGAGAUAGAGAGCUCAGAGGACAUUCGCCUCAACACUCGCCUCUUCAAAGCCUGCCUGGAGGACAAGCGCCGAUUCUGCCCCGACGUGCUGCCAGGGGAUGCGCGAGUGAAGGACUGCCUGGAGUCGCAUCUGCACGACUCUGACUUCUCCAAGACCUGCAAGGUGGAGUUUGAGCACAUGAUGGAGCGCAGGGCGUCGGACUUCCGUCUGGACUUCAACCUGCGCAAGUACUGCGCUGAGGAUAUCAGCACGACGUGCUACCAAGACGCAGAGGAUGUGGUGGACGUGGCCAACAGAGACGCCAAGGUGAUCGAGUGCCUGCAGGACUACCGGGGGGAGCUCAAGGACCCGCGGUGCCGGCAGCAGGUGCACCAGCUGACUAAGAGAGCAUCAGAAGACAUUCGCUUCAACAGGCCUCUUGCCCAGGCGUGCAAGGACGACUCCGCCAAGCUGUGCAAGGACGUGCCGCCCGGCCAUGCGCGCGUGCUGCUGUGCCUGCAGGAGCACCGGAAGGGCCUCACAGCCAACUGCAAGGAGGCGCUCUUCCAGGAGGAGGUGCGGUUUGCAGAGGACAUAGACUUCAAGUUCCCCCUCAGGCAGGCGUGCACCGACGAGAUGAAGAUUCUGUGCAAAGACCAGCCGGACGUGAUCAAGUGUCUGCAAGACAAGGUGGAGGACGCGGACAUGGGCGUAUUGUGCAAGGAGGAGGUGAAGAAGGAUAUGAAGCGCGCAGCAGAGGACUAUCGUCUCAACUUCCGGCUGAACAAGGAGUGCUUCGUUGAUGUCGAGCGUCUGUGCCUGCACUCGUGCGACGCUGCCUUGGAAACUGGCGGCACGGAGACCGGGGUGACGUGUGGGGGGGCGACUCUCAAGUGCCUGACAGAGAACGAGAGGAAACUGUCUUCUAAAACGUGCCGGCAGGAGCUGUUUUACUUCAAGAAAAGGAUGGUCGCUGAUAUCUCGCUCGAUAUCCCCUUGCAGCUGGCGUGCAAGAAUGAUGUGGAGAAGAAGUGUGGCGGCGAGAGGGACCACUCCAAGGCGCUGGCGUGCCUGCGGGCCAAGAGGGACGAACUGACAGAGGAGUGCAAGGAGGAGGAGCUGCGGUUGAGUGAGAUGGAGGCGUCUGACAUCCGUCUCACCCCCACGCUCAUGAACGCGUGUGGCCUGGAGCUCAACCAUUUCUGCCGCGGCGUGCACCCCACGACUGGGCUGGCCUUCCGCUGCCUGCAGAUGAGCAUCAACGAGCCCACGGCUGGGCUGGCCUUCCGGUGCCUGCAGAUGAGCAUCAACGAGGUGCGGGUGGUGGGUUGGUGUUCUUACAGGGUAAUGGGAAGUCGACCUCCAAACCUUCCGCCACGCCUCUUACUACAAGCUGGACUCGGGGCGCUGCCAGAGCAGUGCGAGGGGACUCCCCUUCCCCUUCUUCUUGUCAACCCCACUCUUCUCCUCUACCCCUCCCCACCACCUCACCAGGUGGGCAUGUCAGUGGCGUGCAAGGCAGAGGUGGACCUCCAGACGUUCCGCCACGCGUCUUACUACAAGCUGGAUUCCGCCCUGGCAGAGCAGUGCGAGGGGGAUGUGGACUCCUUUUGCAAGGGCGUGGACGAGGGCAAGGAGGCGCACUCCCUCGUGCUGCAGUGCCUCGUGCAGCACCAGGAAAACCUCUCUGGAAAAUGCCUGACUGAAACCGCCUACGCCGUGCGAAUGGCUCUUUGGAUGUAUCAUAAGGAUGCGGAUCUGGUCAAGCCGUGCAACCCUGUGGUGGAGGAGCUUUGCGGGAAUCGGACGGGGGUGGUUGCGGGGGAGGGAGCGGGGAAGGCGGGGGCGGCGGCGGCGGUGGGGGUGGUGGGGCAGUGUUUGCUGGAGCAGCCGAAGGAGAAGCUUGGGGAGGAGUGUGGGCGGCUGGUGGGGCUGAUUGGGCAGCCGGGCGGGCAUGUGGGCGGGGUGAUUGACACGAGCCAGCUGGAAGAGACUCUUGCACAACUCGCACAGGUACAGUUGAAGCAUGAGGUUGACGCAGAGACCGAGGGCGAGGGAGGGGGAGGAGGGAAGCUGGUGCUGACUGGUGCUACAGCCUUUGCGGCGGUUACCGCACUCACUGCGGUGCUGCUGGGUGCUGCUUACCUGGUGUAUCGCAAGUGCUUCGACCCCACCAGGAACUACACACUCAUGGUCAAGGCUGGAGAUGUUUGA